UGGUGGCGGUUGGUCCCCGGCGAUGAGCACCUUCUCGAGGCCCCGGAACGGAACGCCGCCGUCGGGAGCGGCCUGCCGGUCGCCCUACCAGCGCCUGAGUCAGAGGAUGCUGGACAUUACCGGAGACCAGGGCGUGCUGAAGGACGUCAUCCGAGAGGGCACCGGGGACCUGGUGACACCUGACGCCUCGGUGCUAGUGAAAUAUUCUGGAUACUUGGAGCACAUGGACAAGCCUUUCGAUUCUAAUUGUUUCAGGAAAACUCCGCGACUAAUGAAACUUGGAGAAGACAUUACCCUUUGGGGUAUGGAACUGGGUCUUCUGAGCAUGCGGAGAGGGGAGCUGGCCAGGUUUCUGUUCAAACCAACCUAUGCCUAUGGAACGCUGGGCUGUCCUCCCCUGAUUCCCCCCAACACUACUGUCCUGUUCGAGAUCGAGCUGCUUGACUUCCUGGACUCAGCUGAGUCAGACAAGUUUUGUGCCCUUUCAGCUGAGCAGCAAGACCAAUUUCCUCUUCAGAAGGUACUCAAAGUGGCAACAACUGAAAGGGAGUUUGGCAAUUACCUUUUCCACCAAAAUCGCUUCUAUGAUGCCAAAGUGAGGUAUAAACGGCUCCUUGUUCUCCUUAACCUGUCCUUUGCCUACCUGAAGCUAGACCGACCCACCAUGGCCCUGCGCUACGGAGAGCAGGCUCUGAUCAUUGACCAAAAGAAUGCCAAAGCCCUCUUCAGGUGUGGACAGGCUUGCCUCCUCCUGACCGAGUACCAGCAGGCCCGGGAUUUUCUAGUGCGAGCCCAGAAGGAACAGCCCUUCAACCAUGACAUUAAUAACGAGCUGAAGAAACUGGCCAGUUAUUACAGGGACUACACGGACAGAGAGAAGGAGAUGUGCCACCGGAUGUUUGCCCCUUGUGAGAACAGCUCCACAGCAGGAGAGCGCUGAAGACCCUUCAGGAGGAGGGUGGCUACAGUGGUGUCACCGCCGGGAGGCUGCUGAAGACGGCCACACCGCGACCUGGGCUUCCACAGGGCCCAGCGCAGCGCCCGCUCCUGCCAGUGGAGCAUGGCAGCUCCGGACAAGUAGAAACGGCUGCUUUUGGAAAGGCAGCUUCUUGUUUUGUUCCAGUAGAGUUGGUCCUUGGCCCUUCUCCAGCCCCAGCCCCUUCCGGCUGGCCGUGUCCCUGGGUAAAUACAAAUAGAGAUGGCUUUGUGUGUUUUGUUAGGUUCUCUGUUUUGAAAAGAGAAUUAUGUUACAAAUGUUUUUGUUGUAAAUAAAUAAACGCUUCCUUGUCCUGGCAGGA